AAGAAGUGUAUCGAGCAGGGUAUGGUGCUGCAAGCCGUACGCGAGGACCGAAUGCCAGGCGGUCGUAACAGUGGCGCCGUCUACAAUCUCUACAAGGUGAAGUAUAAAAAACACAAAAAGUCCAAGCAGCAACAGCAGCAACAACAACAACAGCAACAACCGCAACAGCAACACAUGCAUUCACCACACCAUCAGUCGCCACUCUCUCCACACCACCAACAACAUCUGCUCUCGCCACAACAACAUCUGCAUCAGCAUCAACAACAGCUGGCAGCAGCUGCCGCAGUCGCUGCAGCAGCUCAACAUCAGCAACAGCAGCAACAGCAGCAACAACAUCAUCAGCAUUCGAAGCUGCUGAGCGCGACGCUGGGACAGAGCGAAAUGAAGUCCAUGUUCUUGGGGCCUUCCAUCAAGCAGGAGCACCUACAGCAGCAGCAACAACAGCAGCAGUCGGCGCAGCUGCAUUCGCCACACCAGCAGCAGCUACUUUCGCCGCACCACACACUGCAUGGCUCGCCGCAUGGCCAGCAGCAACAACAACAACAACAGCAACACCCGCAGCAACAACAACAGCCGACACAGCUGCAGCAAGAGACUGCCAUCAAACUGCCCUCGCAUUUGGUUAACGGUACAAUACUUAAGACUGCACUCACGAAUCCCAGCGAAAUCGUGCAUUUACGCCAUCGGCUCGAUUCGGCGGUGAGCUCGUCGAAAGAUCGGCAGAUCUCUUACGAACACGCGCUGGCCAUGAUUCAAACGCUCAUCGACUGUGACGCCAUGGAAGACAUUGCCACACUGCCGCACUUCUCCGAGUUUCUCGAAGACAAAUCGGAAAUCAGCGAGAAACUCUGCAAUAUUGGCGACUCCAUUGUGCAUAAGCUGGUGUCGUGGACGAAAAAGCUGCCCUUCUACUUGGAGAUACCCGUCGAGAUACAUACGAAGCUGCUGACAGACAAAUGGCAUGAGAUACUCAUAUUGACGACAGCUGCAUACCAGGCGUUGCACGGCAAGCGCACCACACCCAGCACCACGACGGCGGGCAGUGGCGGCACUACAACGGCGCACGCUUCGUCUACCACCAGCUCGAGUGGCCGCUCUAGCGUCGGUGCGCCGCCACAUUCGCCUGCCUCUGCCAAUCAUCACCACAACCAUCCUACGCAUCAUAUGGCCAGUUCGCCGCAUGCGGCGAGUAGUAGUAUGAAUUUGCCACAUCAUCACCACCAUCAAAUGCACGCAGCCGCGACACCACCACCACUGCAGAAGGACGAUCCGGAGUUUGUGGACGAAGUGAAUGCGCAUCUAAAUACGUUGCAGACAUGCCUCACCACGCUGAUGGGUCAGCCCAUAGGCAUGGAACAGCUAAAGUUGGACGUUGGUCACAUGGUGGAUAAGAUGACGCAGAUCACGAUCAUGUUUCGGCGCAUCAAACUCAAAAUGGAGGAAUACGUUUGUUUGAAGGUGUAUAUUUUGUUGAACAAAGCAGAAGUGGAACUGGAGAACAUACAGGAACGUUAUGUACAGGUCUUACGCACCUAUUUGCAACACUCCUCGCCGCAGAAUCCGCAAGCGCGACUCACUGAGCUGCUGUCGCACAUACCAGAGAUCCAAGCUGCUGCUAGUCUAUUGCUCGAAAGUAAAAUGUUCUACGUUCCCUUCGUUUUGAAUUCGGCCAGCAUAAGGUAGCAAAUGCUUGAACGUGGACUACUGCCGAUCGAUGAUGAUCCGCCCAAGGGGUUGAUGAUGAUAAAACAAAUACAACAGCAGCAGCAACAAAAUCAAGAGCAGCCUGAUGACGAUGAGGAAGAGCAAAAUGCAGAGCAACCGCAACAACAAAGCAACCUAAUGAAAGCGCGAAGGCGCGCAGCCACGGAAAUGGCUGAGCGCCAGCAAAGGCAGAGGGAGGAAGAUUUAAAAAAGCAGCAACAGCUAACCCAGCCACAGCAGCAAGAACAACAACAGGAACAGCAGCAGCGACAGGCAAGGUUUUGUUUACCCACGCUGGAGUUGCCAAGAAUCAAGGUGGAGGCCGUGCAACAGCAUCUGCGCUAUUCAAUGGAGGAGGACGAAGAUGACGAGGAAGAGGAGGAAGAAUUGCGAAAUAUGGCGGAACAGCAUGAGCAGCAACAACAGCGCGAACAAAGCGCUGAAGAAGAGCAGCUUAAGCGUCCAAUGACGCGCCUCAUAGAACCAACCACCUCCAUAUUGAAGACUUCACUGCUGGCAGGUGCUGCGCAAACAUUGGCAACGUUGACGGCAGCUGCAGAGCAGGUUAGUCGAAGGGCGCAGUCGCCACAGGCACAAAGCGGCAGAGCGAGCGCAAACGCCGGUGCGGGCGCGCUGGCUGGCCGCCGAUCGCCAGCGUCGGCGGCAGACAAUAGUCUGAUAGAGAGUAAAAGACUGCAAGCACAACACCAACAACAACAACAACAACCACCACUAAAACAUCAACAAUCAGAAGCACGCGAGCAAAACGCGCCUGUAAUGCCUUACAAAUCGAUAUUGCAAACAGCGCUUAUGGGUGAGCGACCGCCAAGAUCUUCGCCGCCACUGCCGUCGUCCGUACCAAUUAUUGUGCGUGCGCAACCAACAGCAGCGCAGCCACCGCCACCACAUGUGAUGAAAACAGCGGUGACGCUGGCGAGUCUCAGUGAAAUCGCGGCCGCGCGCCAACAGCAGGAGGAGGAAGAGCGUCUAUUUCGCGAACAACAGCAGCAAAGACAUCAACAACAGCAGCAUUUAUUGUUACAACAAACACUGCCAUUGAAGAAGAAGAAAAGUUUUUUGCAACAAAAGUUAACAGCCACUUGCAACAUGCUGACAACAGCGGCAACGAUAUUGCAGCAGCAGCAACAACAGCAACAGCAACAACAACUGCCGACACAUGCAACACUCCCGCAACAGCCACAAAAUUCGAUUACCAUACUGCCAGUCAGCAACAACAACAAUGCCAGCACAACUUCAUCAGCAGCAACAACAGCGAAAAUUCUUUUGAACAAUGUAACAGUAAGUGCGAGCGGCGGCAGCGUAUUGCGGUGCGUUUCGACUGCAACAACAUCGCCAGCCGCCUCUACAACAACAACGGCGCGCACAUCCGCCGCCUGUUUGAGUAGCGCGCGCUCAACGACAACAUCGGCGCUGGGCAGCAGCAAAGCCAGAAGUACCACAGGCAAUGCCAAAAGUGUUGCGACGAGCAGCUGCCAAGCGAUGGCCACACAAACAAUCAAAAUACCAAUGGUGCGCACAGCGACGGUAACGACGCAAACGCAAACCGAAGAAAUGCACACAGCGACGGCUAUGGCAACGCCAACAACAACAGCAAAUUGUGAGAAGCAACAGCAGCAAAAUGCGCCGUUAAGUACGCGCUCCACCAGCAGCCAUGUAAUUACACGCAAACUCAGCACUGCUUUGCAUCAGCAGCAGCAGCAGCAGCGUACUGCGUCUAGCAGCAACACAUCUGCAACAUUACUAUCACUGCCACACCAACAGUCCAGCCUAACGCGCCGUCCCUCACCUCAUCGCCACACCACAUUAGUCACUGCCACAACGAAUGCGGCUACCACAUGUGUCGCCGCCGCCGCCGCCGCCGCCGCCGCUCCGCCCACAACCACAACCACUGCCACAGUCACAGCCACCGCUGCCUCGCCCUCCACAGCUGUUACUGUUGUUGUUUUUAAAACAUUGUUACCUGAUGACUGA